UUACGUCACGGUGCAGUGGGCGGGGCUUUGAGAGCGGCAGCAGGGAGUCCUGUACAGUCUGUUCGGUGCCCGCGAACGACUUAUUAAACUUCACUGCCAAGAUGUCUGACGAGGAGCAGGAGCAGACCAUCGCGGAGGAUCUGGUGGUCACCAAGUACAAAAUGGGAGGCGACAUCGCCAACCAGACUCUUCGUCAGGUGGUGGAAGCAGCCAAGCCCGGGGUGUCAGUGCUCAGCCUAUGUGAGAAGGGCGACUCUUACAUAAUGGCAGAGACAGGAAAGGUCUUCAAGAGGGAAAAGGAAAUGAAGAAAGGCGUUGCCUUUCCCACCAGCGUUUCAGUCAAUAACUGUGUUUGCCAUUUCUCUCCCCUGAAGAGUGAGCCUGACUACACACUUAAAGAUGGGGAUCUGGUCAAAAUAGAUCUUGGGGUUCAUGUUGAUGGCUUUAUUGCCAAUGUUGCACACAGCUUUGUGGUGGGAGCCACUAAGGAGAACCCUGUCACGGGCCGGAAAGCUGAUGUGAUCAAAGCUGCCCACCUGUGUGCAGAAGCAGCUCUUCGUCUUGUUAAACCUGGUAACCAGAAUACUCAAAUAACAGAGGCUUGGAACAAGAUCACCCAGUCUUUAAAAUGCAUGCCUAUAGAGGGCAUGCUGUCUCAUCAGCUAAAGCAGCACAUCAUAGCUGGUGAGAAGACCAUCAUUCAGAAUCCAUCAGACCAGCAAAGAAGGACUGGGGCGACAGCCCAACUGGGAGGAACCCCCCCCGAACCAAGCAGGAAAGACCAUGAGAAAGUGGAGUUUGAGGUACAUGAAGUCUAUGCUAUAGAUGUGUUGAUUAGCACUGGCGAAGGGAAGGCCAGGGAUGGAGGUCUGAGGACCACAAUUUUCAAGAGGGACCCUAGUAAGCAGUAUGGCUUGAAGAUGAAGACUUCACGCACAUUCUUCAGUGAGGUGGAACGACGGUUUGAUGCAAUGCCCUUCACACUCAGGGCUUUUGAGGAUGAAGCCAAAGCCCGUCUGGGUAUACUAGAAUGUGCCAAACAUGAAUUGUUGCAACCCUUCAGUGUACUUCAGGAGAAAGAAGGAGAGUUUGUAGCUCAGUUUAAGUUCACAGUGCUGCUGAUGGCCAACGGCCCCCACAGAAUCACCAACGGACCUUUUGAUCCCGAUUUCUACAAGUCAGAGCAUGAAGUCCAAGAUCCAGAACUAAAAACUUUACUACAGAGUUCUGCAAGCCGUAAAUCACAGAAGAAGAAGAAAAAGAAAAAGAAGGCCACAAAAACUGCAGAAAAUGCAACUGGACAAACAACAGAGGAAACUGAGGCAGCAGAAUAAAGGCAGCCUUUCCAUACAUACAGAAACAUGUAAGAACCCAAAGAAAUGCAAGAGAAAACAUCAUAAAUGACCCCAAACUGAUCAUUCGCAGAUUAAACAAAUUCAUAAUAAUUAUGUUGGAGUCAGCCGAAGAUUGUGUAGUUUGUGAGCUUGACAACACUGGGCCCUUUACUUUUUUUUU